UAGCACCGCAGCGUGGAUGCUGCUCGGUCCCGCCGCGGCCCCGAGGAGCGUGGAGCCGGAGCGGCCGGGCGGGGCCGGGCGGGGGCACCGCCGGGAGCCGCUCCGCCGCCCACCCCGGGCCCGCGGCCGAGGGCAGCCUGGGGUCGCGGCCGCACCCUGUGGCCGCGGGGGGCGGACAAAGGGCCAUGCGGGGCCGGGAGAUGCGGCGCGGGGCGCUCGGGAACCGGGGGCCGCAGCGGUGCCGCUGAGCACGGCCCGAGGCGGGGCGGGGCCGGCCGCGAUGCCGUGGUUCCCGGUGAAGAAGAUCCGCAAACAGAUCAAGCUGCUGCUCUUGCUGGUGCUGCUUACCUGCGCCGCAUGGCUCACGUACGUGCACCUGAGCCUGGUGCGCCAGGGCCGCGCGCUGCGCCAGCGGCUGGGCUACGGGCGAGACGGUGAGAAGCUGAGCGGUGUGACAGAGGGCAGGGGUGUCCGGACUGCACUGUCCACACAGAGGGCAGAGGACUCCAGCGAGAGCCAUGAGGAAGAGCAGCCUGACGGCCGGGACCCAAACAUGCGUUUUCCUGUGGGGGCUGGAAAGCCACCCCCUCUGAACCUCACUCAUCAUGUGCCCCCGUGGUGGGAAGAGUACAAGGGGCAGGUGAACCUGCACGUGUUCGAGGACUGGUGCGGAGGCGCCGUGGGCCAUCUGAGGAGGAACCUGCACUUCCCACUAUUCCCUCAUACUCGCACCACCGUGAAGAAAUUGGCUGUGUCCCCCAAGUGGAAGAACUAUGGACUACGGAUUUUCGGCUUCAUCCACCCAGCAAGAGAUGGAGACGUCCAGUUCUCUGUGGCUUCAGAUGACAACUCUGAGUUCUGGCUGAGCCCAAACGAGAGCCCGGCGAGUGCCCAGCUGGUGGCCUUUGUGGGCAAGACUGGCUCAGAGUGGACAGCUCCUGGAGAAUUCACCAAGUUCAGCUCCCAGGUGUCCAAGCCCAAGCGGCUCAUGGCCUCCCGGAGGUACUACUUUGAGCUACUGCACAAGCAGGACGACCGAGGCUCAGACCACGUGGAAGUGGGCUGGCGAGCCUUCUUGCCGGGCCUGAAGUUUGAGGUCAUAGGCUCUGCUCACAUCUCCCUGUACACAGAUGAAUCAUCCCUGAAGAUGGACCAUGUGGCCCACGUCCCCCAGUCUCCAGCUAGCCAUGUGGGGGGGCACCUGCCGCAGGAGGAGCCCAGAGCUGACAUGCUGCGCCCAGACCCCCGAGACACCUUCUUCCUCACUCCUCGGGUGGAGCCUUCAAAUCUGGAGAAUGUGCUGGAGCCCUGUGCCUACGCCCCCACCUAUGUUGUCAAGGACUUUCCCAUUGCGAGAUACCAGGGACUGCAGUUUGUGUACCUGUCCUUCGUCUACCCCAAUGAUCAUACGCGCCUCACUCACAUGGAGACCGAAAAUAAGUGCUUCUACCGGGAGUCACCACUAUACUUGGAAAGGUUUGGGUUCUAUAAGUACAUGAAGAUGGACAGAGAGGAGGGAGAGGAAGAUGAAGAGGAAGAGGUGCAGCGCCGAGCCUUCCUCUUUCUCAACCCGGAUGGUGAGUGCCCCCCAGUCCCCCCAGCAUGUGCCCACCUGGGCGUGGCAGGCUUAACCAUGCUUCCCACAGACUUCCUGGACGAUGAGGACGAGGGGGAGCUGCUAGACAGUCUGGAGCCUACGGAGGCGUCCCCCCGGCAGAGCGGCCGCCAAUUCCCUUCCCCGGUGGCCCCCAACACACCACCGGGAACCAUGCCUACCCCGCCAGCGCCUCCCAGCACCCGGGACCUGCCAACCCCCAGGCGCUCCCGGGCGCUGAGCUGGGCUGCCCGGGCUGCACGCCCCCUGCCCCUCUUCUUGGGCCGCGCCCUGCGCCCCCGAGCCGCAGCUGAGCAGCCACCCCCAAAGGUGUAUGUGACACGGGUGCGGCCCGGACUACGGGCACCCCCGCGCGACCUGGCACCUCUCAGCCCACGCGGCCCGCCCUGGCCGCCCUUCCCUGGAGUCUUCCUCCGUCCCAGACCUCUUCCCCGGGUGCAGCUGCGGGCACCCCCACGCCCGCCCCGGUCUCGAGGCCGCAGGACCGGUGGCUCCCAGGCCACAGAGCUGAGGCCCUCUGCCCGGGCGCAGGCCACCCAGGGGAGCCAGGAAGGCCAGCCGCACAUGCUGGGACUCACGGCACCCACCGCGGACUUGAACUUGUCAGAAACACAGCCUGUGACCUCCUUCCUGAGCUUGUCCCAGGUGUCCAGGCCACAGCUGCCUGGGCAGGACGAGGACGAGGAGGAGGAGGAAGCAGAUGAGGAUGGGGCCCAGGGCGAGGAGGACAGCGAGGAGGCGGCGGGGCCCCCCCGCGGCCGCUGGCGCGAGGACGCCAUUGACUGGCAGCGCACAUUCAGUGUGGGCGCAAUGGACUUCGAGCUGUUGCGCUCCGACUGGAACGACCUGCGCUGCAACGUGUCCGGGAACCUGCAGCUGCCUGAGGCUGAGGCGGUGGACGUGGUGGCUCAGUACAUGGAGCGGCUCAACGCCCGCCACGCCGGGCGCUACGCGCUUCUGCGCAUUGUGAACGUGGAGAAGCGCCGAGAUUCCGCGCGCGGAAGCCGCUUCCUCCUGGAGCUGGAGCUGCAGGAGCGUGGAGGCGGCCGCCUGCGCCUGUCAGAGUACGUCUUCCUGAGACUGCCAGGAGCCCACGCAGGAGACGGCGACAGGGACGGAGAGAGUCCUGAGCCUGCUCCCGCGACCUCCACGCGCCCAGACGGCCACCCGGAGCUGUGCAGGCCACUGCGUCUGGCCUGGCGCCAGGAUGUGAUGGUGCACUUCAUCGUGCCAGUGAAGAACCAGGCGCGCUGGGUGGCCCAGUUCCUGGCGGACAUGGCCGCGCUGCACGCCCGCACAGGGGACUCACGCUUCAGCGUCAUCCUGGUGGACUUUGAGAGCGAGGAUAUGGAUGUGGAACGGGCCUUGCGCACGGCUCGGCUGCCCCGGUACCAGUACCUGAGGCGAACUGGAAACUUUGAGCGCUCGGCGGGCCUGCAAGCUGGAGUGGAGGCAGUGGAGGAUGCCAGCAGCAUCGUUUUCCUCUGCGAUCUGCACAUUCAUUUCCCCCCCAACAUCCUGGACGGCAUCCGCAAACACUGUGUGGAGGGCAAGCUGGCCUUUGCGCCUGUGGUCAUGCGCCUGGGCUGCGGGAGCUCGCCAGGGGACCCUCAUGGUUACUGGGAGGUGAAUGGCUUUGGCCUCUUCGGGAUCUACAAGUCAGACUUUGACCGCGUCGGAGGCAUGAACACUGAGGAAUUCCGUGACCAGUGGGGGGGCGAGGACUGGGAGCUCCUGGACAGGGUCCUGCAGGCAGGGCUGGAGGUAGAGCGGCUCCGACUGAGGAAUUUCUACCAUCACUACCACUCCAAGCGGGGGAUGUGGGGCACGCGCAGCCGGAAAGGCUCCCGCACAGAGGGGCCCUGACGACAAGGCAAACCCUCCCAGCCCCUGGCUACAGUCCUGUGGUGGUAGCUGGAGGCCGGGCCCUGAGCCUGGUCCCUGGGGACCCGGCAGGGCUCCUCCCAGGGGCGCAGCCACCACCUGUGCCUGGCCCCCAGGGGCCACCUCCCCCUUCGUGCCCCUCCCCAGAGAGGCAGCCUCCACCGCUGCUUGGGGCCCGCGCUUGGUCUCCACACUCUGUGCGAUGAUUUCUGUGAAAUUUUGCCGUAGCGAUGACAUUGUUUUCAGGAUUUCCGAGAGUUCUGUCUGUUCCGUUUUUUAUUCAGAAUGAAAUGAAAUAUUUUUUUUAG